AUGAGCGACGAAGAAGGAAGGGAUUUGAUCGUUGCUAAACUCCGUCAGCGGCUCUCAAACUUGAUGGAGUCUAUGUCGCUUUUGGAAAUUUUCCUGAACAAAUACAAACCGGAGGAUCACCAAUGUCAGGCUCAGGUAAGGUUAGAUAAACUUGAAGAAUACCACCGUACAUUUUUUGAAGUCGCAGCCGAACUGGAAUCCUAUUCUUCCAAAUCCGAGGUCAUUUCGGUUCAGAAAGAGCGCUUCAAGUUUGAAACAUAUUAUUUCAACUUCAAAGUGGCUUUGCAAUCAAAACUCCCCAAGCAACAAUCUGGCCCCAUUCCACCGGCUCCGCCUCUUCCCCAAGGAACUUCUGCCCCCACAGGCUCCCACAUUCGCUAUCCCGAACUGCCUCUCCUGAAAUUCAGUGGUCGACCGGAAGAUUGGGUUUCUUUCCGUGAUAGUUUCUACGCUGGUGUUGCAAGUCGUCCGGAAAUCAGAGGUGUGGACAAGUUGCAGUAUCUUAAAAGUCUUGUGCAAGGUGAAGCUUCCCGUUUGAUCGGCCACAUUGAAGUGAGCGAAGAGGGCUACAACACGGCUUGGAAACUGCUGAUUCGCCGAUAUGAAAGCCAACGUCGUUUAGUUUUUUGUCAUAUUCAAGGUCUUCAUGACACUCCAGCAAUGCAGAGAGAGAGCAGUGAUGAGCUUUUAAAAUUAAUCGACAGUUUUGAGGAGCAUUUGGCAAAUCUUCGCAGACUUGGAGAACCAGUCGAUCAGUGGAGUUCUCGUUUAGUUUUUGAUCUCUACAUUCGUGUUGAUCCCAACACAAAGCGCGAGUGGGACCGACAUUGCAAUGCGAUCGACUCCAGGGAAUACAGUGAUAGUACAACGAAGAAGGAAUUUGAAGGAGAUACUAUGCCAUCUUAUGAAGAUUUUCUUGGCUUUUUACAAGGGUAUGCGAAAGUUCUUCCUACGUCCAGACAAUAUUCUUCUUCUUCCAAAUUCGAGCAAAAUCCAAGAGCUAGCAGCUCCGUUCGUGUAGCUUCGCAUUUCACAUCUGGUUCUGAUCGGUCAAAUACUACAUCAAAUGGGUGCUAUCAAUGUGGCCAAAUGCACUACAUCUAUCAAUGCCCUGAGUUCCUCCAUCUAUCUCUUCGGCAAAAAUAUGAUCUUAUCAACAGCAAGGGUUUGUGUACUAAUUGCCUAUGUACGACGAAACACACGUUUCAUUCAUGUCCUUCACGAAAUUGUAGCAAAUGUCCGCAGAAACACAACACUCUUCUUCAUGAUUCUCGAGCCGAUCAACAGCGUGGUUCCAAUUAUUCGUCUGGUCAACAAAACAGGCAAUUUAGCGGGCAGCAACAACAGCGCGGAAGCCAGAGUCAGCAAGGUGCGAUUCAUCAAGGUGCAGGUCAACAAAGUGCAAAUUCCCAAAGUGCAAGUCAACAAGGUGUUUCAUUUUCCGCUACUCCAGCAAUCCAAGCGUCCUACACUUCCCAAACAAAUCAGUCUCCGCAACAAGUCGUUCUGCUACCAACUGCGUUUGCCAAUGUAGAGGACGGACAAGGCAAAAUUCUACGAACAAGGUGUUUACUCGAUUCAGGUUCACAGUGUCAUUUUAUCUCCCACGAUCUAUGUCAGAAAUUAAAACUACCUCGCCGAAGAACCCCAUUCCCGAUUGUUAUUUCUGGCAUUGGAAAAUCGAGUACCAAGGCUACAAAUUACGUCAGCGUAGAAAUUUCCUCCUUGCAUUCCGACUUCCGUGUUAAAUUACAAGUGUUGGUGCUCCCAGAUAUCACAGUAAAAUUGCCAAUAGAGGAUGUUCCCAUCGCAGAUUGGCCUAUUCCUGAACAGACAACACUCGCUAUUCCUACAUUUCACAAGUCUAGUACGGUUGAUAUAAUUGUUGGUGCUGAGUAUUUCUUCCGCAUUCUUCAGUACGGUCGUAUAGAACUCGGUGACGGAUUACCUCUUUUGCAAAACACCUUAUUAGGGUGGGUCGUCUCCGGAGGUUUCGGAAAGGAUUUUACCCAAAAGGCUCUUUGCAAUCUCAGCCGCUCUAAGACGUUAGAUGACAUGGUGAAACGAUUUUGGCAUUUGGAGACCAGUCAUGAUCUUCGAGGAUGGUCCUUGGAUGAAAAAGCUUGCGAAAAGCAUUUUGUUGACAACACAGUGCGGAAUUCGGAAGGUCGGUAUGUGGUAAAGCUCCCUAAAAGAACAGAUCUGGUUGGUCGUCUUCGGGACAACCGGUUUAAUGCGGAACGUCGAUUUUAUUUGUUGGAACGCAAAUUGCAGGCUACUCCAGAGUUAAAGGUACAAUAUCUCCAAUUUAUGGCCGAAUAUGAGACUCUUGGGCACAUGAGAGAAAUCAACGAUGAAGAACAAAGUGACACACCCCAAUAUUUUCUACCGCAUCAUGCUGUUUUACGCCCUGAGAGUACAACAACGAAAUUGAGGACAGUUUUCGACGCAUCGUGUAAAUCCAAGUCGGGUCUUUCUCUUAACGAUGUUCUUUUACCUGGACCAACUAUUCAAGACACACUUGUGGCAAUAAUUUUGAGGUUCCGGAUGUUUCCCUACGUUGUAGCAGCCGACAUUACCAAAAUGUAUCGGCAAAUUCUAGUCGACCCCACAGAUCAGCCGCUACAGAGAAUCCUAUGGCGGCAAUUUCCCGACGAGCCCUUGAAGACAUAUCAGCUUUUAACUGUUACCUACGGCACUAACUGUGCGCCUUUCCUAGCCACCAGAGUGCUGAAGCAGCUAGCAGAAGACGAGGCUACUAAUUAUCCCUUGGCCGCAGCAGUCGUACACAAGGGAUUUUAUAUGGACGAUGUCCUCACCGGAAGUCGAGAAGUGCAGGAGUUGAAAGAAACCGUCAAACAGCUUGACGAGUUGAUGAAGUCGGCAGGCUUCAAAUUAGCAAAAUGGGCAUCUAAUUGCACGGAAGUGCUUCGAGAAAUCCCUCUACAAAACAAGCGAGAGGAAGAAGAGCUGGAGCUAGACCAUGAAAGCUCUGUUACCACUCUUGGAUUGUGA